UUGAAAGACUGACCGGAAAAAUCAUCCUAACUUGGAGGUAGCUUUACAUUUGACAAACUUGCCUCGACAUUCACAGUGGCAACACGCAUGUGCAAAAGAGCUUGACGUGAACGGCGGUAUAAAACAGAAGUAGCAGGUACCAGGUGAAGACCAAAGUUUACAUAGAGGCCCAUAGAGGAUUUGGUUCGUUGGGAACGCAAGGUGGGAAAAAAACAUCCAGUUCACUUAAGAAACGUGUCAAGUCACUAAAACCCCACACGACCUCCCCCAUCAUGUACUUGCCUAGUAAGGGUACAGCCCCUUUUUUUAAGGUGACUGUGUUUGAGCAGGAGCAUUUUCAGGGAAAGUGUAAGGAGUUCACAUCUGAGUGCUGCAACAUCCACGACUGCAGCUUGGACAACAUUCGCUCCAUCCGAGUGGAGAGUGGAGCUUGGGUGGGUUUCGAGCAUCAUGACUUCCAAGGGCAGCAGUUCAUUCUGGAGAGGGGCGAGUACCCAAACUGGGAAGCCUGCAGUGGCUCCCUGUCUUACCACAUCGAGCGCUUCAUGUCCCUUCGGCCCAUACACUGUGCUUCUCACAAUAAUAGCCGCAUGAAGAUCUUUGAGAAAGAGAACUUCAUUGGCCGCAGUACAGAGCUGUGUGACGACUACCCCUCCCUGGUGGCCAUGGGCUGGAUCAAGCCCGAGGUGGGCUCCAUGCACGUGCAGUGUGGAGCAUUUGUGUGCUAUGAGUACCCGGGCUACAGAGGCCAGCAGUACAUCAUGGAGAGUGAAAGACAUAGUGGAGACUACCAGCACUGGAAGACCUGGGGUUCCCACUGCCAGACUCCAAAGAUCCAGUCCAUCAGACGCAUCAGGCACUGAGAGAAACAGCUCUGCUAACUGAAAUGGCUCAGGCUGAUACCUUGAUGCUGUACUUAGGGUGCCUGAAAAUGAGCCACAUCAUCCAGGAUGAGGCAUCAUCUGUCAGGGCCAAAAACAAAAACUACAACAUCAAACUAUGUGAUGUAGCAUCUACCUCCUUAUCCCAGCUCAUAGUCAGAUUUCUGUUCAAACUCAUUUUGUCUCAGUCAAAGUGAAAUAAAGUGAAGAUUGAGAACCCAAGAAGCUCUGAGAUAUUACUGUGUGAGUGAACAUAUGCAGCUGUCCCUAAACACAAAGAGCAGCUACAAUGUCAGGAUUUAAAUGGUUUUAUAGUCCAAGGUCUGUUUUUACUGAGAGUCUCAGGAUUCCAGCAGAAACCAACAAAACAAUGUUUAAAAUGCAAAACAGAUUGAACAUACAGUUAUACAGUUUGACAGUCAAUUCACUUUUUAAUUGGCUAACACCUAGAA